AUGGCGAUUGAAGUGCUGAGUGUCUCUGAUAAGAAUGUCAACAAUCUUUUGUUUUCUCUGUACGCGUUAGUCAACCGCCGCCGCAGUGGACAACGUCACGUUGCUCACAGAGACUUGAAAACGGACAACAUUUUGAUCACAGAAAAAAAAGUUCUCAUUGCUGAUUUUGGCUUCUCUGAUAUCUUGCCCAAUGAGGAUACAAUGGCGACCCAAAGAAAAGGAACUGUGGUGUACAUGUCCCCAGAACAGUUUUUAAAGAGGCCAUUUGACCCUUUUAAAUGUGACAUGUUCGCUCUUGGAGUAGUGCACUGGUGUAUGGUUUUCAAAGUGAAUGUUUUGAAUCAAGAUACCAUGGAACCAAUGAUGGAAACAGUCAGAACUAAGUUGUCGCCUACUAGUAUAGACAGACUCAUUUUGACCAAUCUCUUAGAAUAUCAACCUGAAGAAAGACUGUCCAUCUUUGAACUCAUCUUCUUGAUGGAGGAAUCUUGUUUCUCACACAGGAUAGCCAAACUUAAAGCUUUUAAAAUUCACAAAGAUGAUACAUUUUUACCUUCAUAA